AUGUUCAUCAACCACCUGCUGGUGCCGCAGGCCUUUCCUAGGGACGACCUCGGCCCGCUGAGCCCUGACAGCAGCGUGCAGGAGAUCAUCACAAUCCUCACUGCUGAGGGCGCGAUCCACCGGAUCCCCGGGCGACGCAUCCAAUUGGACGCCGCCUCCGAUGGCGGCGCUGUUCUGGGCGGCCCGCACCGGCCGCGGCGUGUGCGGCAGCAGCCCAUGCCUUCGUGGGACGAACAGACGCUGUGCAUCGGCGCGAGCUUUGCAGUGUCAGCAACAAACGGCCGCGACCCCACACGCCGCGUCCACUUCCUGGGAUUCUGCCAGUCCGUGGACUACCUGGAGGAGGCGGUGACCGACACGGUGUUCAGCCGCGGGGGGGAGGUGCUGCUGCAGGAGCGCCAGCUCAAGAGCGGCGUGCACGAGGUGCUGAGGCUCAAGGUGUGCAUCCCGUUUCUGUGGGGCGUGCCGCCGGAGCUGGAUGCCCUCAGCGAGGCAAUCAUCCAAGGGGGCGGCAUCCUUGACAAGGUGUCAAAGCAGUGGGACAUCUUCGCACCAGACGGGCCCCCGGGCCCCAGCCCCCUGCAGGCUCCCUGGGCCGGCCACGGCCGCUUCCCCAGCGCUUUCAUGUGA